GGCAGCACAGACACAGACCUGCUGUCGGACACCCUGAAUGCAACAAGCUUGACUGGACCAAACGCUCACAGCUGCAGUGCUGUCCACUGUGUCCUGACGGCAGCAGCAUCAAAACGAGGGUUUAUAUCCGCACCAAACCUUGGUCUGAGCUGAACAGGAGGAAGGAAGAUGUCGGCGGUGUAUAAAGACGACCAGGAGGACUGGCUGACAGUGUGUCUCAAGUACCUGCUCUUUGUUUUCAACUUUCUCUUCUGGGUGGGCGGAGCUGCUGUUCUGAGCGUAGGAGUCUGGACACUGGUGGAGAAGAGUGACUACUUGAGUCUGUUGGCCUCCAGCACUUUUGCUGUCUCAGCGUAUAUCCUAAUCCUGGCCGGCAGCCUGGUGGUGGUUACAGGCUUCUUGGGCUGCUGUGCUGUCAUCCGGGAGCAGAAAAGCUGUCUGUCUAUGUAUUUCUUCUGCCUGUUGUUGAUCUUCUUGAUUGAACUGGUGGCUGGAGUACUGGCUUAUGUCUAUUACCAGAGGCUGAGUGAGGAGCUGAAGCAGCAUCUCAACCAGACGAUGACAGAUAACUAAGCCCAGCCCGGGAGGGAGGCCAUCACAUUAGCUGUGGACAGACUACAACAGGAUUUCAAGUGCUGCGGCAGCAACAACUCUCAUGAUUGGACGAUGAGUGUGUACAUUUCAUCGAAGCAGGCAGACGGCAGGUUGGUGCCUGACAGCUGCUGCAAGACCAUCACCCCUCACUGUGGCAAGAGAGACCACCCCUCCAACAUCUACAAGGUGGAGGGUGGUUGCAUCACUAAGCUGGAGCAGUUUCUGGCCGACCACCUGCUGGUCAUCGGCGCCGUGGGGAUAGGAGUGGCUUGUCUGCAGGUCUGUGGGAUGGUGUUCACCAGCUGCUUGUACAGAAGGAUCAAGAUGGAGCCUUACUGAGCACACCAGGCCCCACAACACACCACCUUCAACAGGCAGAUGGAGCAGUGACCUGCUGACACCUUAACACCGAACUCUGAACCAUGAACUCUGAGCUAAGCCAAGUGCACAGACACGUUCCAGGGCACCCACAUCGCAGUCAGAAAAACAGUGCCACUGCUAGACAGGCAGAAGAAUUUGGCUCUUCUUGUACUUGUGUGACAAAGCACUUAAAUCCAGGCUUAAACAUUUCUGAAACCUGACUGCGAUCGCGGCCCACUGGAACAGCACAUCUGUUCGCAUCACUGCCUUGGCUUAGAUGCAUGCUUCUGUUUGAGCAGGACAAAAGAAAGGGAUGUAGUCGUAAUACAUUCUCUGUUCAACUAAUGAUGAUCCAAAGGUUACACAGUUUACAGUGCUGUUGAAGAAAGGUAUUUGUCUGGAUGUAUAUUUUGGAAACACAAUGUGCCUCUUAAACAAGUCUGCUGGUGAAUAAUUACUAAUUUUGUACCUGAAAUCUCAAAGGGAGCUGACGAUGCACUGUGAUAAACGAUAUCUUUAUAUUUGUAGUUAUGUCUAUAUUCCUGAAAGUAGCAGCACUGAAUGUUGAACUAUAGCGUCGUUAUUGACUUUAAAUGUACAGCUACAAACAUAAGGACAUGCUCAGACAGUCUUAAGAAAAAGAAAAGUCAUUUUCUCCAAUGGUUGCCAGAUUCCUGAAUCUGUAACUCCACCUAGUGGUUGCCACUGGUCAUGUCCUGUACUGUGUGUGAUAUACAUUUUGUAAUACAUCAAAAUCAGUUAUUGAUCUUCAUGUGUGACAGAUAAAUACACGUGUCAGAUGGGUUUUGACAUUAGCAAACAUUCCCCUCUGUGAAUUUAAGACCCAUUUUCAUCAUCUCCCAGACACACUGAGGUCUCAUUCUCUACAGUGAAGAAGCUGACCUUUUGUGAGAACUAAAGAAAGUAAAGACUAUGUUGUUUUUCGCAGCCUAAUCUAUCACUCGCCAUCCCCUUUUCCGUAGCUAUUACUCACGGAACAGUGAGUGGCCUUGUUGCCGCUAUACUGUAGAGGUGAGAAGUCUCGGCUCGGCUGUUGUGGAGUAUAAAGUAUGAGAAAUAUGUACCGAGUUGUUUCUGUUUCAAAGAUCUAAAAGUGAAAUAUCCAUGUGACAUUUUUUCAUUUAUAUCCUUUGCAAUAAUACAACACCAUUGCCAAGACUCAGUACUCUACUGUAUAAAGGGACCUUGUUAGCGUAGUGUUUUGUCCACAGACUGACUUACAACUGAACGGUGCUAAUGUAUGUCAAUGGUUGAUGAUGAGAUACGACAUUGGCAUGUGCUCCCACUACUGACUGCUGUUCAAAAUAUUGAUACAAACAUCAAUAAAUGUUUAAAUAUUGCCGUA